AUGGAGGCAGCGACCGUGGCCCUCCCCAUUGAGUGGAUAAAGAACUGGGAGAAAUCCGGGAGAGGUAAAUUUUUGCAUUUAUGCCGGCUUCUCAGUGAAAAUAAAAGCCAUGAUAGUGCAACUUACAGAGAUUUACAGCAAGCUUUGUAUGAAUUGUCAUAUCAUGUCAUUAACAGAAAUUUAAAGCACGAACAGGCAUCAAAUGUUCUUAAGGACAUUAGUGAAUUUCGUGAGCAUAUGCCCUCCAUUCUUGCUGAUGUUUUCUGUAUAUUAGAUAUUGAGAUAAAUUGUUUAGAAGACAAAAGCAAGAGAGACUAUUUUACACAGUUGGUGUUAGCAUGUUUGUAUUUAGUUUCAGAAGUUCUAAAGGAAUGCCUACAUCCAGAAACAUUGGAAUCAUUGGGACUCAUUAAACAGUCACAGCAAUUCAAUCAAAAGUCAGUUAAAAUCAAGACAAAACUCUUCUACAAGCAGCAGAAAUUCAAUUUGUUAAGAGAAGAGAAUGAAGGAUAUGCCAAGCUGAUUGCUGAAUUGGGGAAAGAUUUAUCUGGAAAUAUUACUAGUGAUUUAAUCUUAGAAAAUAUAAAAUCUUUAAUAGGAUGCUUUAAUCUGGAUCCCAAUAGAGUUUUGGAUGUCAUUUUAGAAGUGUUUGAAUGCAGGCCAGAACACAAUGACUUCUUUAUAUCUUUAUUAGAAUCUUACAUGAGUAUGUGUGAACCGCAAACACUGUGUCAUAUUCUUGGGUUCAAAUUCAAGUUUUACCAGGAACCAAAUGGCAAGACUCCAUCGUCUUUAUAGAGAGUUGCAGCAGUACUUCUGCAAUGUAAUCUUAUUGAUUUAGAUGAUCUUUAUGUACAUCUUCUUCCAGCUGAUAAUUGCAUUAUGGAUGAACACAAACGAGAAAUUGUGGAAGCUAAGCAAAUUGUUAGAAAACUUACAAUGGUUUUAUUGUCUUCUGAAAAACUUGAUGAGCGAGAGAAAGAAAAGGAUAAAGAAGAGGAGAAAGUAGAGAAGCCACCUGACAACCAAAAACUUGGUUUGUUGGAAGCUUUGUUAAAGAUCGGUGAUUGGUAGCAUGCACAAAACAUUAUGGAUCAGAUGCCUCCAUACUAUGCAGCUUCACAUAAGCUAAUAGCUCUUGCUAUUUGCAAGCUCAUUCACAUAACUAUUGAGCCUCUCUACCGAAGAGUUGGCAUUCCUAAAGGUGCUAAAGGCUCACCUGUUAAUGCUUUGCAAAACAAGAGAGCAACAAGGCAAGCAGAGAGCUUUGAAGAUUUGAGAAGAGAUGCAUUCAGUAUGUUCUGUUACCUUGGUCCUCACCUUUCUCAUGAUCCUAUUUUAUUUGCAAAAGUGGUACGCAUAGGCAAGUCAUUUAUGAAGGAGUCUGAUGGAAGCAAACAAGAAGAUAAAGAGAAAACAGAAGUCAUCCUUAGCUGUUUGCUAAGCAUUACUGACCAGGUACUACUUCCAUCUCUUUCUUUGAUGGACUGCAAUGCUUGUAUGUCUGAGGAACUAUGGGAAAUGUUUAAAACAUUUCCUUACCAGCAUAGAUACCAUCUGUAUGGCCAGUGGAAGAAUGAAACUUAUAAGAGUCACCCACUUUUAGUAAAAGUUAAAGCUCAAACAAUAGACAGAGCCAAAUAUAUCAUGAAGAGGCUAACCAAGGAAAAUGUGAAACCUUCAGGAAGACAAAUUGGGAAGUUGAGCCACAGCAAUCCAACCAUUUUGUUUGAUUAUAUCCUGUCACAAAUACAGAAGUAUGAUAACUUAAUAACACCUGUAGUAGAUUCAUUGAAAUACCUCACUUCAUUGAAUUAUGAUGUCUUGGCCUAUUGUAUCAUUGAAGCUUUAGCUAAUCCAGAAAAGGAGAGAAUGAAGCAUGAUGACACAACUAUCUCCAGCUGGCUUCAGAGUUUGGCUAGUUUCUGUGGUGCAGUUUUUCGUAAAUAUCCAAUUGAUCUUGAGGGUCUUCUGCAGUAUGUGGCCAAUCAACUAAAGGCAGGAAAGGAAGAGAAGAAACAUCAUAAGUCCUCGGACAAGCACAGAUAUGGGUAUGGACAGACCCCUAAGCUGAAGGUCUCCCAGAGGAAGAUGCCAAAGCUCCAUGCGUCAUUCUCAGAAUGGUAUCUCCCAUCAUUAGGAGCUUCUGGUGCUGUCCAUUUAAUGGGAACCUGCUUUAAAUCAGAAGGUGAAUAUACACCACCAUCCUCUUGA